CAAUAAGACUACUGAUAACAAGAAAAUCCACUAUCCUAAUCAGGAACAGAUGUUUACCUACUUUUUCCUUUAGUUCAUCGUUUAAUUUGACUAUUACCUGUUGUUGCCACGCUCACGCAUAAAAGAGAAGAAUAUUUUUUAAUUGUAUUUUGUUGAUUAUAAUGUCCCUCAUGAGAUUUACCAACACUUUGCUGGCCAAAGCAUCUUAUCACCGAAUUGGACGUUUCUUCAGCACUAUAAAAACAAAUCAUGAACCGCAAUUUCCCGGUGCAACAUCACAUUACAUAGAAACUCCUAAAUUAACAAUGCCCACGGAAAUGACCCCGAUUCCAAUUUAUCGUGUAAUUGAUUCGGCUGGUGCAAUUCUAGAUUCCUCACAGGAUCCUAACCUUAGCAAAGAAAUUAUACAAAAAAUGUUCAGAGAUAUGGUGCUGUUAAACACCAUGGACAAAAUUCUCUAUGAAUCUCAACGUCAAGGUCGUAUUUCAUUCUAUAUGACUAAUUAUGGUGAAGAAGCAUCUCAUAUCGGUAGUGCGGCAGCAUUGGAACAACGUGAUUUAAUCUAUGGUCAAUACAGAGAGGCUGGAGUACUUGUAUGGCGGGGAUUCAAAAUUUCUCAAUUUAUUGACCAAUGUUAUGGUAACGUAGAUGACGCUGGUAGGGGUAAACAAAUGCCUGUACAUUAUGGGUCCAAGGAGCUGAAUUUCGUGACUAUUUCAAGUCCUUUGGCGACACAAAUGCCCCAAGCUGUUGGUGCCGCCUAUGCCAUAAAGCGUAAGAAUAAUGAUACGUGUGUUGCUUGCUAUUUUGGCGAAGGUGCUGCUUCCGAGGGUGAUGCCCAUGCUGCAUUUAAUUUUGCUGCCACUCUAGACUGUCCAGUAAUUCUAUUUUGUCGUAAUAAUGGAUUUGCCAUAUCAACGCCUUCAUGCGAGCAAUAUAAAGGCGAUGGCAUUGCAGGACGUGGACCAGCCUAUGGAAUUGCAACAAUUCGUGUCGAUGGAACGGACAUCUUCGCUGUCUACAAUGCCACAAAACUUGCCCGUGAAUAUGUGCUUAAGAACAACAAACCCGUUCUAAUCGAAGCUAUGUCUUACAGAAUAAGCCACCAUUCAACAUCUGAUGACAGCAGUGCUUAUCGUUCAGCGGACGAAGUUGAAAUAUGGAAUUCUGAGCGACAUCCUAUUUCUAGACUUAAGAAUUACAUGAUCUCUAAAGGAAUUUUUAACGAAUCUGAAGAGAACACUUUUGUCAAUAACGUACGAAAGAAGGUUCUUAAGCAAAUUUCUGAAUCGGAAAAGAAACUUAAACCAAACUGGAAAGAAAUGUUCGAAGAUGUCUAUCAUGAUAUGCCGAAUCAUUUGAAGGAACAAAUGAAAGAACUCGAAGAACACAUUGCAACUCACAGAGAUGCGUAUCCGUUGAAGAACUUUAAAAAUUAAAAUUCGAGUGAAACAGCUAAGCCACGGAACGAAUAGACUAAUUUGAAUGUGCAUUUAUCUUUUUUAUAAAAUUGAAACUAAAUAUUUUAGGAUAAGGGAAUUUUGUUAAGCCUUGUAGAGGUCAAAGUUUAUAUUUUAAUGUUUUCAAUGGAAAGUUGAGAAAUAAAUGUUUAUUUUUAAACCCAA